UGACAAACUGUGCGGUCAUCACUGAGAAAUGCCCAUUUAGUAUUUAAUGCGUGAAAACUACACUGUAGCUCGCACAGGGAGAGGUAUGUACCUCUACAAGUAGCUUCUUGGUGCACGACUUCCCAGAUUUUUCCCUUUUUCUUUCGACUUUUUUUUUUAUCUCAAUCUUGCCCACUCUGUCAGCAAGAGAAGGGCAUUUACCUAGAAGUCUUUCUACUUCUCUGCUUCUUGUUGCGAACCAACAGCGUUGUUGUUGUCUGGUGCUCUGCAGCUUGUUACAUCACAGAGUUGUGACCAGCAUUCAUCUUCAGACCGAACUCCUUCAGACCGAACCACCUCAGAUCGAAAUCACUUGAGACCGAAGUACAUCAACUGAACCCUCCUACCUUUGGUUUCUAGAACGUAUCCCACCUUAUAUAAUUCCUUAUAAAUCCCACAUCUCCUCACCGUGUGGAAAAGUUUCUGCUUUGCAGCUGUCCCCUACAGUUUCAAGCACACCAUCCACUCUUGCGGUGGGAUCUUUAAUUGCGUUUGCCUGCUUCAUCUUGCUACCUAAAGGUCAGGUAGCGGCUAGGAAAGAUGGUUGACGGGGAUCCAGGUUCGCCAACCUGGAAGUUUACACAAUGUUUUGGAGACAAGGGCGACGUUGAAGAUAUCACUGAAGCCGAUAUCAUUUCCACCGUCGAGUUCGAUCAUACGGGUAACUAUUUGGCGACUGGCGACAAGGGAGGUCGAGUGGUUCUUUUCGAGAGGAAUGAAACUAAAAAAACAUGCGAAUACAAAUUCCAUACCGAAUUUCAGUCGCACGAGCCGGAAUUCGAUUACCUCAAGUCCUUAGAGAUCGAAGAGAAGAUCAACAAAAUAAAAUGGUGCAGACGGCAAAAUGCUUCUCAUUUCCUCCUUUCGACGAACGACAAGACUAUAAAGCUGUGGAAGGUGUUUGACAAGUCGCUCAAGGUGGUUGCAGAGAAUAACCUCUCCCAUGACCUUACCCCAGGCAGCGCUGUUGGUGGAGGGGGUAUCCCGCGACCACCGCACAUUUCAUUCAAGGACGCAUCGGCCCUCAAGUUACCUCGCAUGACGCACCAUGAUACCGUAGUUGCGGCAGUCCCACGGCGUAUCUACGCUAAUGCACAUGCCUAUCACAUUAAUUCCAUAUCGGUCAACAGCGAUGGAGAGACAUUCAUCAGCAGCGACGAUCUACGUAUCAACUUGUGGAAUUUGAAUAUCCAAGACCAGAGUUUCAACAUUGUCGAUAUCAAGCCAGCGAAUAUGGAAGAAUUGACUGAGGUUAUAACUGCUGCAGAGUUCCACCCUAUUAGCUGCAACUGGUUCAUGUAUGCUAGUUCCAAGGGAACGAUCAAGUUGGCCGAUAUGCGGCAGCGCGCUUUGUGCGAUGAGCAUGCAAAACAAUUUGAACAAGAAGAAGAUGUGUCUUCUCGAUCUUUCUUUUCUGAAAUCAUCUCUUCCAUCUCUGAUGUUCGGUUCUCUCACGACGGCCGCUAUAUCGUUUCCCGCGACUACCUCACUGUGAAGAUCUGGGAUGUAAACAUGGAACGUCAACCUGUUAAGACAAUUCCGAUCCACGAGCAUCUACGCCCGAGGCUCUGCGACACGUACGAAAAUGAUAGUAUCUUUGACAAAUUUGAAGUAGUCUUCUCCGGCGAUGCCAAUAAUGUGAUGACUGGAAGUUACAACAACAACUUCAUGAUUUAUCCAACAGACCCAAGCCAGGAGACCGAGGUUGUCCUCCAGGCUGAUAAGACCGCGUUCAAAGCGAAGAAGGUGGGCGUUCCAACUCCCAUUAACUCUUCGAUUUCGACAAAUGCUGGUAAGAAGGGUGGAUCAAGAGCCGGCAGUCCUGCUGGAAUUGGAGGACGCAUGCGUAAAGAGACAGAUGCAGAUCAAAUUGAUUUUAACAAGAAGAUUCUGCACAUGAGUUGGCAUCCAUUUGAGGAUAGCAUUGCUAUCGCUGCAACAAACAAUUUAUUUGUAUUCUCAGCUUUGUGAAGCAUGCAAAGCACAUAUUGUAUCUAAGCCAACUUUAAAAAAUCGCAGCCCUCCGGAAAUGCCAUGGUAUCCCCUCUUCUUCACAUGCAUAUUCAUUGAACCCAAAACUCCCUCUACUCUGCCUCUCAUUUCAAUCAGAUCCGCAUUGUGGCCAUGGAAUAGGAGCAUGCGCGCAUUGGUUUAAGAGAGGAAAAAUAAAAAAUUUCUUGCAUAGAUAGCCAUGUUGCUUUGUACCCUAACACAUGCGCCUACACUUACUCUUGCCUUUUCCUUUUUUACAAUUCAAGGGCCAUUUUGCAACGGACGGUUGAAGAUAAAUAGCUUGAUUGGCGCCGGAAAUUGUGCAUAAUCGCUUGGACGGGGAUUUCGGAGAGAUUGAAAAGGAGAAAAAAAAAUACUGGGGAUGUUGUUAAGGGCAGAUCAAGAAUGGAUUGGUUCCUUGGAUAUUGACAGAUGCCGAAGGGUCAACUAGUUCGAAACGUUUGACAGGGGCUGAUAAGGCAUGGAUGGGUUGAUUGAUGGAUCGAUAGCGGGAAAUUAAUGAAUACACCCCUCCUCUGAUUGAGGAGUCCCUCUUGCCCCUA